AGAAGACCUUCGGCCAUGGCACCGCCCCCGCUACUUCCGCUGGGGGCCCGGAAGUCCCUCCUCGGCGCCGGAAGUUCCGCCGUCGGGUCUCCUCAGAGUCGUCCCCCGCCCAGACGCGUUGGCCCGAGCUCGUUUCCGGCUUGCGCGGGUGGGCGCCGGCUCGGCUCCCCGCGCGCCCCCGAGCGCUGUCCCGGGAGCGCGGCUGCCCCGGACGCCGGCGCCGGCGGCUCGGGCCGGGGCCGCGCCAGGAGGGCCGGGCGGGCGAGAGGCCCUUGCGGGGCCAUGAACGGGACGGCCAACCCGCUGCUGGACCGCGAGGAGCACUGCCUGCGGCUCGGGGAGAGCUUCGAGAAGCGGCCGCGGGCCUCCUUCCACACCAUCCGCUAUGACUUUAAGCCGGCGUCUAUAGAUACUUCCUGUGAAGGAGAGCUUCAGGUCGGCAAAGGAGAUGAAGUCACAAUUACGCUGCCACAUAUCCCUGGAUCCACACCACCGAUGACUGUGUUCAAGGGGAACAAGCGGCCUUACCAGAAGGACUGUGUGCUGAUCAUCAAUCACGACACUGGAGAGUAUGUGCUGGAAAAGCUCAGCAGCAGCAUCCAGGUCAAGAAGACGCGAGCUGAGGGGAGCAGUAAAAUCCAAGCCCGAAUGGAGCAGCAGCCCCCUCGACCCCCACAGCCAUCCCAGCCGCCGCCACCUCCACCUAUGCCGUUCAGAGCGCCAACGAAGCCUCCGGCUGGACCUAAAACCUCUCCCUUAAAAGAUAACCCCUCACCUGAACCUCAGCUGGAUGACAUCAAAAGAGAACUGAGGGCCGAGGUGGACAUCAUUGAGCAGAUGAGCAGCAGCAGUGGGAGCAGCUCCUCGGACUCGGAGAGCUCGUCGGGGAGCGACGACGACAGCUCCAGCAGUGGCGGCGAGGACAGCGGCCCCGCCUCGCCCCUGCAGCCCUUUGGCGGCCGGCCGGCCGUGGCCAACGGGACCGGAGCCGCGCGGCCGCCGGGAAGCACGCAGCUCAUGAGCACCCUCAGAAAUGACUUGCAGUUGAGCGAGUCUGGCAGUGACAGUGAUGACUAGAGCCGGAUCUUUUGAAAUCAACUUUUUGGUGCACAGAUCUGCCGCGAGAACAGGCUGCUUGAGCGUGUAGUCCACGCUGAGAGGAAAAUGUGGGGAUUGUGACUCUAGGAGGAAUUGGAGGCUCUGAAGUGCUCAGACGUGCAUGUCUUUAACUUAGUGGUGAUGGGUGAUUUUCUCAAGUAAUUUUUGAACAAUCUCAAUGUUUCAAAGUUCUAAGUAGAUCUAUAGCAGAACUAACAGAAUUGUAUCUCUAUUUGGUUAACACUUAAUGGAAACCAGACAAACGUGCCCUGGUCUAGGUUCCUCAAAGGCCACUUCUUCUCCUGGCCAGUGCUUCAGUGUCAAACCUCAGCAGCCACCAGCGUGACCAAAUGGUUUGCCCCAGUGAAAGGAGGGGUAGGGGGAGAGGGCAGCCUCAAACCCCAGCACGGACGCGUGUUCCAGCCACUUCCAGCUAUGGACCCGCGGUGUUGAAGAGGUUCUGCCUGACCCGGCCUGGCAGGCCUGUGUAGAAACGGACUUCAGGAAGGGGUACGAGAGCGUCCGUAGCGGGGCCUGGAGUCGUGGCUCAGCCCCAUGCCUGCAGAUGAGGAAGGGACAUGUGUGGCUGGCGUGGGGCCAGCGUCUUGCCCCAGACCAGGCCUUCCCACUGCUGCCCCUGAAUCUCUUACCGGAACCAGAGUCUUGUCCAUGGGCCUGUGUAAGAGCUGUGUUGUGCAUCGGAGCUUUUCCUGGAUUCCAAAAGAUAGAAGUGUGGGCUCCUUCUCUCCAGUUUAAAUCCACGCAGUCCCUGAAUACAUCAGUCCCACGUGAGGGUCGGUGGGGAGGAAAGGAAGCCAGCAGCCACGGUGCUGAUGCCCGUGACUCGCUUAAACUGGGGCUUUCAGCUCCGCAUGGAUCCAUAACGAGAGGGCUUCUUUCGAAGGCUGCCAGUGGGGACUGCAGUGGGAGGGCUGAGGUGAGGAGGCCUCUGAGCAGAUGGGCGGGCAGCUGCUCUCCAGACUGCGGUCUGGCUGGGGGACAUGCAGUGUGCAAGGAGCAGGUGUUGGCAGGGCUCCCCAGGUCUUGCUUUUGUACCGCUGUUUGUGCCUGAGUCCCAAGCUGGCUCGUUUUUUAUAUGCAACCAGAAGAAAGUCACAGGAUUGCCUUCUGUGGUGUGCUGUUUCCAGAUGAAUCUGUUUUUUGGGGGAAGCGUUCUGUACACCAUGGAUGUGUGAUAAGUCGUCCCACAAUUAGUGCGUUAGUAUGGAGUCGCCCACUUCUGUCACCUGAAUGAUUAUGUCCUGAGAAAUAUCUGUCGGCUUCGAUUCAGCCGUAUUGAGAACAUGAAGACUGACCUUUCUCCUGCCGGUGACCUCUCCCUCCUUGGCUAGUGGAGGGAAGCAGUCUGGACCCAGGAAGAAGCUAGGUGAUUGGUGGCAGGGGCUUUGAGUUGAGCCUCACGAAGUCACCUGUGUCCCCUGCGCAGUGGUCCCAGUAAUCUGGAGUGGGGGCCGGGAAGCCUGCUCAGGCCACUCCACUAGCUGCGCUCAGGGCUCACGCCAGCGCCUGUGCUGGGUCCUCUGCCCAUCAUGUGGUUUCGUGGAGUUCAUGGCAGGUAGGAACUUACUUAGAAUGAAUUGAUUGUUUUUAAUUUCUUGGUAAUGACCGCUCAGGGAAGCUGAAGGUCGUGGUUGUGUGUGUUAGUCACUCACUCAUGUCCAACUCUUUGUGACCCCAUGGACCGUAACCCUCCAGACUCCUCUGUCCAUAGGAUUCUCCAGCAAGAAUACUGGAGUGGGUUGCCAUUGCCUUCUCCAGGGGAUCUUCCUGAGUGAGGGAUCGAAGCUGGGUCUCCUGCACUUCGGGUGGAUGCCUUCCCGUCUGAGCUGCCAGGGAAGCCCAAAGGUGAUGGUCGGGAGACGUGAAUUGUUUCUGGACAUGGGAAUUGUUUCACCGCUCUUCACUUGUUCAGGCUGGGGCGGGCACCAGGAACUUGGACUAAAGAUAGAUCUAUUUAAGCCUCUCUCCCUCCUUUCCUCCCCUCAGAGGCUUGAAGCGCGUGGCCAGCCCGGGGUCUGGGCCUGUCCGGGGUCUGUGGGUGCCUCGGCAGUGCCUGCCGGUGGCCUGCCUUGGGGGGUGGGCCCUGCACGCAGCCCCCGCCCUGUCCCCGCAUGCUGGCCCUGCAGGCCUGUCACAGCUGCUGGCCCAGCCCUGGUUCUGUUCUCUGCACAAGUCUGUGCUGGUUGCCUCCGCGCACCCUCCAGCUUUGCCCGGCAGAGUAAGGAAUCCUUUGUUUUUGGAAAUGAAGCCUCCAGCCUCACAGACCCCCGCACGAGUGCCCUCCUGCCAGCCAAGCUGUACCUGUUCUUCCUGCCUCUGUGCCUUGUUAUCCGCCUGCCCCAGCCCCGCUCACGGGGCUCUGCGGGUGCCGCCAGCCCACACGGACCUUCUCCUUGCUCAAGCGCUGGUCAGCGUGGACCCUGAGCGGGCCCUGUGGUUCUCCUCUCUCUUCCCUGGAGCUCGCAGGAGCAGACUGGAGAGGUUCACAGUCUGGUGGGAAGAGGGCACAGAACCGUGGGGACGCUCCCGGCCUCCGGGGACAGCUGGAGACUGUCUGACUGAAGCGUUAAAACGGCCUUUCCCUUGUUCUGUGUACCGUCUGCCAUUGGGUGCAGUGAAGCACCUGAGGAGCCGUGGCAGGCAAGCCGCCGUACGGGCGUGAUUCGGGGAAACGUAACAGACUAGAGAUGUGUCGUGACGCCACUCAUUAACUCUUUUAUUUCUGUAGCAGAAUCAUUUUUUUAAAGUGUGGUUUUAAUGUGUAUGUGUUUCAGUGGUGGGAAAACUUGAAAAUUCCAAGAUCCUUAUUACUUCCCUAUUUGAGACGCUGGUUAAGUAGGCUGUGUGUGGAGGGAUGUGUGCAUGUGAAGUAUUUAUUACACUAUUCUGAAAGAGUAAUUGUCUCUCAUGUGGAUAUGCAUUAGGUGCAGCCACAGCAUAUGUUUCCAUUUGGUGAGGAAGGUAGGAUCCAUAAAACUCAGGCCUUAACCAGUAGGUUGGACGACAAGACCAAUUGAAAUGUCAUGAAAUGUCUUUGUUGCUGUUGUUAUUUCUGUCUUGAAUUCAUUGUCUCGUUCUUUAAUGAUUAUUAAAAUCUUGUGCCUGAAAGUUUUAUUUUGCUUAAUUAUGAAGUAGACAUGCAUGUUUAUAUUUAUGCAAAAUAUUUGCUGUAAAGUUUUUUUUUUUGGUUUACUCUUUUAAAAAAAAUCACUAAGUAAAAAAUGAAGGUCAGCAAUA